AUGGUUUCUUUAACCCCAAUUUUCUUUACUAAGACACUAGUAAUCAUUUGGUUAUGGGGUGGUUUAGUAAGUGGAUCUCCGAACACUCAAGUCUUUCAGGAAGAAUGUAGUCAAGCAUUUUACCCGGCAAUCGAUCCUUAUGGAAUCAGUGUAACUUACAUUUUGAAUGAUGUGAUGAAGAACACCCCAAAUUCACAACCCUAUGACUAUUCCGUUUCCGGCCUUCCGCCGGUUAAUGCUUAUGGUUUCGGAAGUUGUGCUCCGGCGUUGUCUAAUUCAGAUUGCUCCACCUGUAUGACCGCUGCAUACACUGAAAUCGUGAAUCGUUGCGGAGGUCACAUUUCUGGUAAAGUUCUCCUCAAAGAUUGUUCAAUUGGAUACAUGAAGGAUGUUGCACAUAAAUAA